AUGGCGACCGGUGCAGGCAGUACCUCAAGCCAGUUGGGCGCGCAAGGCGUCCUGGAUGAACUCAACCUGUUCUUUGACCAUAUCCCGCAGAUUCUCCGGCUCUUGAAACACGUCGACGGCCUCCAUCUCGAGAGUAUCAGCCGGGACGGCGACCUGGUCGCCGACUUUCAGGUCAUCGAGGGCCAGCUGGGUUUCGUCUCUGACGAAGAAACAUUGGACCUUGACCAGUUCUCACAGGAGUUGGACACGUACGGCGUCCAUUUGCCCCACACGACGGGCAUGCUCCGCAGGCUCACAUCGGAGGGCAUCUUUGACAUGAGUUACGAUGACCAGUUGGUACAGGCCGCGCAGCACAUUCUUCAGUGGCAGGACACUACCGGGCAGGAAAUCCAGGGCGUCCAUGCUGGGUACACUUAUGAAGACCAUGAAUGA